GUUGCAAAAAACUAAUCCCGAAACAAUAGUGCACAUGGAAACAGAGGAUGACAACAGCUUCAAGUACUUGUUUGUCGCACUGGAUGCAUCAAUAAAAGGAUGGAAGAAAUGCAAACCUAUAAUAGUUGUUGACGGAACUUUCCUUAAAUCAACAUAUGGAGGUACACUGCUCUCUGCUUGUACACAGGAUGCAAAUGGGCACAUUUUUCCACUAGCUUUUUCUGUUGUGGAUUCAGAAAACAACAACUCAUGGCAAUGGUUUUUCACAAAAGUGAGAGAAACAUAUGGGAUUAGAGAGGAACAGUGCUUGAUCUCAGAUAGACAUGAGAGCAUAAGUAAGGCAGCUUGUCAAGUAUUUCCAGAAAUCACACAUUGCUAUUGUGUAUACCACCUGUUAAGCAACCUAAAAGCAACCUUCAAGAAGAAUGCAAGCAAGCUGGAUAAACCAUUCUUCGCUGCAGCCAGAGCAUACACAGAGAGGAAAUUUGAAUACCAUAUGAGCGAGUUGGACAGCUUGGACAUCCGUGUAAGACCAUAUUUACAACAAGUUGGAUACCACAAAUGGUCAAGAUACCACUGCAAAAACAACAGGUAUUCAACUAUGACUUCAAACAUUGCUGAAUCUCUAAAUGCAGCAAACUUGGCAGCUAGAGAGCUACCAAUCACAACACUGAUGGAGUCAUUGAGAGCAUUGGUUCAACAAUGGACAUACACAAACAGGAAAAAAGCACAUAAAACAACAACAUUUUUAACACCUACAGCAGAAAAGAAAUUAGUCGACAACUUUGUGGAAUCAUUGACAGAAAAUGUAAAACCAAUAAACGAGACCAUGUUCGAAGUCAUUGAACUAACCAGAUCAUGGGUCAUCAACCUGAAGGAGAAAACAUGCAGUUGCAACAGAUUCCAACUUGAUGAGUUACCGUGUGCUCAUGCGCUUGCUGUUAUAAAAGAGAUGAACUUGAAUGUUUACAACUACUGUUCGGGUUAUUACACCACGCGAACAUGGCUUGAAACAUACAUCGGCUCAACAUAUUCGGUUGAUCUGUGA